AUGUCAAGAUUAAGUAUUCCUCAAGACAUCCAAGAAGAGAUUUUAUUAAGGUUACCUGUGAAAUCCAUCUUACGUUUCAAGUCCGUAUGCAAGACCUGCUGUGAAUUACUAUCUAGUCGUAAAUUUAUAAAGGAUCACCUUAACCUUGCCACCAAAAAUCAACUUACAAACACAAAAAUUAUGAUCGGUUUGAGUCAUGAUAUGUACGCUGCUGAUGAUAUAUUUUAUUCCAUAGAUUAUGCUUCAAUAUUAUACGGAGCUGUUGUGAUGGAUUACCCAAACGACAAUAAUAAUAAUGCUAUAACUCACAGUAUUCGCCAUUUUAUUGUGGGAUCUUGCAAUGGCUUGAUUUUAUUAUUGACCGAAGAUAGUGAAAAACUAUUUCUUUGGAACCCAUCCACAAGAGAGUACAAGGAAAUCAUAAGAGCACCGACGGCCGUAGAAAACCUUUCCUACGGGUUUGGUUACGAUUUCAAAACUGAUAAUUACAAGUUGGUAUGCAUUGCAACUGGCCGGUCUGAUGAUGAUGGCGAGCUUGACAGUUUUUCUGAAGUUUAUUCAUACACAGCUGGUUCAUGGAGUAGAGGCGAAAACAUCCCUUAUGUGUAUUCUGAUGUAACCGGUGGUGUGCUUCUGAAUGGUGCUCUUCAUUGGUUAGGUGAAGAUGCUUCUCAUUGGUCAGACGAUACGGCCACCCGUAAAGAAACUAUAAUUUGCUUCGAUAUUAAUAGUGAGAAGUUCAUGGAUUUGCAACUUCCAGAAGAAACUAUGACAUGUCCAGAAGAGAAAUUUAAUAUCCAUGUGCUGGGAGAUUCCCUUUGCUUAAUUUGUGGUGUCCGUAACGUUCGUGUUGAUGUAUGGGUUAUGCAAAAUUAUGGAGUGAGAGAAUCUUGGACAAAGCAAUUCAUCAUUACCCAAAAAGAAAUUAUUGCAGAUCCCCAUUCGUUAAAGAUCUAUGGCUCUGUUAAAGAUAGUGGGAUUCUAAUACAGGUUGGUGACAGUCUCGGUUUAUACGACCCAAAGAAUGAUAACAUUAGAACCCUGAAUAUAAACGGCAUCAUCGAUGGUAGUUUUUGCUCGGAGAAUUACGUGGAGAGCUUAGUUUCAGUGAAUUCAGGUAUUUAUAUGGGUACAGUGGACAAAAAACAUUCCAAAGAUGCUAGUGAAAUUCAAGAUUCUCAUCAUUUGAAUAAAAACUCCCAAAUUACAAUGGAAGCUGCUCAAGACAAAGAAGCGAAACGCAAACGUAAUGAAUUAACUGAAAGUAGUAGUAGUUCAAAAAGAAAACGAGCAUCUUCUGAAAACCAAGAAAUGGAUGCUGUUAAUUCGUCUCUUAGAGGUGUCAAUAAUGUGUUUCUCAUAGACGUUAAUGCCGUUGUUCUUGAAGGUGUUGAUGUUAUUCUUGCAGAUGUUCAUGCUGCUAACCAUGAAGGUAGUGUCGCUGCCUUUGGAGGUGUUAAUGUUAUUCCUGGAGGUAUUAAUACUGUUUAUCAUCAUGAACUUCUUAAGGCGUAUUAA